AUGGCACGCGAAACUUCUACAGCAUCGACCACAGAAAUUGGACGUCCCGCCAAUGCCUUCAUGACCUUUCGGAGCGCUCUCGGAGCCUUGCACAAGGAGAUCUUCAAAGUUGACGAGGUUGACGAAGUUGCACCGCGCAAUCGUGCCCAGGGCUCAUAUGUGCGACCGUACGACAUCGAUGAGUGGCGCGCACGCCCCUGCAAUCGUGCUCUCAUGUCCAGCCUCAGCGACCGGAUACGUGAAGACAUAAAGGCCCCACCCCCGGGUCCCGCUGGCGAGUUCUUGAAGCCGAAGUGUCAGGCAGGCAAGCUCUCCUCCUACGCGUCGCUGUUAUGGAAAUUCAUCCUGGACGAGUCGGAAAGGCUUCCUUUCUUCCUGUAUCAGAAAGAGAUCGAAAUCGCGCACAAGCAGAUGUACCCCGACUACGUCUAUCGUCCUAAGCGUUCCCGUAAUGGCAAGUCGAAGGAUGUGGUAGAGGAGGAGCGUGAUAUCCUUCACGAAGAGGAGGGCGUUGUGGCUGAGAUGCCAGUGGCCAAGCGGGCUAAAACGUCUGCCAAGGGAACUCGUCCGAAGUCCAAACCUCGCUCAAAGCCAUCUCAAACCUCGACCUCCACACCGGCGACUCGCUCCUCUCGGAAGCGAACCAAGAGCCAUUCGACUACGGCUGCUUCGUCGUCGUCUUCAUCUCCCGUCUCCUCCACCGGCGUCUCUCCUCUUUCGCACUCCGCGCCCUCGACCUCUCUAUCUCAGUCGCCACCCAAUCCCGAACCUCUCCAGAUUGCAUACUACCAACCGGCUCUUGGCGACUUCGCUUACAGCGCAUCUGGAUCGUUCUCGUCUUACGCUUACGAUGAGUCUCCCCGUACUAGCUCAACAACCCUCCCGAGCAAUGAUCCGCCUCUGUACUACUCGUGGUACCCUUCGGAGUCUUGUCUAUCGUACCCGGACGUCAAUGUGGGGGCCGAUAACCUGCUCCCAACACCUUGUUCCGAUCCGUGGGCAGGGCAGGCCACGCCGUCAAGCAGCGGCUCGAACCUUGCCCCUUCGCCAGCAGGCGCUUUGGCACUCUCCAACAUGCCCCUGCCCUCCAGCGCGUCUACGUCGCUCCUCGAUCUCGGUACGGGGGCUGCUGUUCACGCUCCACGUGCCUGCGAGAUACCUACACCACCAUAUGCGGCGCAUGUCUCGUCCGUGUCCCCAGCCGCAGACCUUGCCAACCUGUCGCACUGGUCGACUCGCUGCGGUCUUGACGCGACGCUGACGAACUACACAAGCCCAUCGGCCUCCUAUGGGUUGGGAUCAGGUGAUCUCGGCUAUCACAGCGGGCAGCUCGGCGAUGCUGCGGACGGCUUCGACGCAUCCGCGUACGGCUUAGGCUUCAACUACGACUACCUCGCACCUGGCGAUCUCGAGCUCGACAACCUCGGGCUCGACUUGAGCUUUGACGGCAGCGACUUCGGCUUCGACAUGGGUGUGCCCGGCUUUGACUACGGCUUUGACGCCAGUAGCGCAAGCCUCGCCACCUCCGGUACCUUCAACGCCCAGUUCACCGGCUUCGAUACUUGGGGCCUUCCGUUUGACGGAACCGCGCCGACGAACACUCUGUCCGCAUGA